AUGGUUGCCAAAGCUAUCCAGCUCGGUCUACGGAUCUGGGAGUUCCUCUGGACUCUGCUCGUCAUGGCCCUGAUCGGUAACAUGAUCGCUGAAGCGUUCGCUGGGAACCCGUCGACCAUCAACUACACCAUGUUCGUUGCAGCUUUCUCGAUGUUCACACUCUUCUAUCUAUUCCCAGCGACUAUCAAUAUUGACUGGGCCAUCCACCCAAUCUUCUUGAUCGCUAUCGACACGCUCAAUGCGAUCCUGUUCCUUACAGCCGCCAUUGCUCUGGCUGCGAAGUUGGAAUGCCACAGCUGCAGCAACGAUUCCUACACGCUCCACAACGAAAUCACCAACGGUGCCCAUAACCGCACGAAGCGUUGCCGCGAGGCUCAGGCCUCGACGGCAUUCCUGUGGUUCGCCUGGGCUGGCUACACGGCCUCGAUGAUUCUGUCGAUCAUCAUGUCCCGCCAGACAAGUGUCAACCUUCGUGGACGCACCGGUCCUGCUCGCGGUGUUACUCGCCCCAGCAUGGCUCAAGUCUAA